AUGGAGGACUCGGACUCGGCCGCGAAGCAACUGGGCUUGGCUGAGGCCGCGGCGGUCGCUGCCGCGGCCACAGACGGGUCGGAGCACCAGCAGCCUGUGGAGGCGAGUGGCUCGGGGGCGGAGCCACCAGAGGAAGAGGAGGUGACGGCCGUGACCGUAAUGGCGGCGGAUGCCGAACACAUCGAGAUGGGAGCCGAGUCCCUGCCGAGCAGCGACGAGGCCACCGCGACUGCCUUCGCAGAAGUGACUACAGUAACUGUAGCCAACGUGGGUGCCUCUGCAGACAACGUAUUCACUACAGCAGCAAAUGCAGCAUCUAUUUCAGGACAUGUUCUGUCUGGAAGGACAGCUCUUCAAAUUGGAGACAGCUUAAACACUGAGAAAGCCACUCUGAUUGUGGUCCACACAGAUGGCAGCAUCGUAGAGACUGCAGGCUUAAAGGGUUCAUCAGCAUCUCUAACAUCAGGGCCUCAGUCUCCUACUCCUUUAACAUCUGGGCAAGAAAAAGCAGGAACAAAAUACAACUGGGAUCCUUCAGUGUAUGACAAUGAGUUGCCUGUGCGGUGCAGAAAUAUCAGUGGGAUCCUGUACAAAAACCGACUUGGCUCGGGUGGUCGAGGACGUUGCAUUAAACAAGGGGACACUUGGUACAGCCCCACUGAAUUUGAAGCUAUGGCUGGAAGAGCCAGCAGCAAGGACUGGAAGAGAAGCAUCCGCUAUGCAGGAAGGCCGCUUCAGUGUCUUAUUCAUGAUGGGAUAUUAAAUCCUCAUGCUGCCUCAUGCACUUGUGCUGCCUGUUGUGAUGACAUGAGUCUGAGUGGUCCUGUGAGACUCUUUGUGCCCUAUAAAAGACGGAAAAAAGAAAACGAAUUGCCCACAACUCCAGUGAAGAAGGAUUCCCCAAAAAACAUCACUCUUCUUCCUGGAACUGCUGCUGCUACUUUCACUGUGACUCCUUCAGGACAGAUCACUACCUCCGGCACUCUGACCUUUGACCGUGCAUCAAGCGUUGAGGCCACAGCUAUUAUAUCAGAAAGCCCAUCCCAAGGUGAUGUUUUUACUGGUACGUCUGUAGUACAAGACACAAACGUUCAGCAGCCUUGCCGGGUGAGACAUCCAGAGCCUCACUACCCAAGCUAUCAGGACAAUUGUCAAAUCUCCGCAUUCCCAGAAGCAGCACUGCCAACCUCUCACCCCAAAAUUGUAUUGACCUCACUUCCUGCCCUGGCUGUGCCACCUGCCACCCCCACCAAAACCAUAUCGGCUUCCGUAUUGAAUGGUCUUGAAGUGACAGAGCAGCGGAGUUGGUUGUACCUUGAGGAGACGGUCAACUCCCUUCUCAGCACAGCUCAGCAGCUGAAGACUCUGAUCGAGCAAGCUAAGCAGGCCAGCUCUUCCUACAGAGAAGCUGCUGUCACUCAAGCAAAAAUUCAAGCUGAUGUGGAGAGGAAAGAGCAGUAUCAGGGCCAGUUAUUUCAACAAGCUGAAGAUGUAGAUGGAAAAACAGAAAUCAUCAUUAAGCAAUCCUGUGUAAACUGUGGUCGGGAAGCAAUGAACGAGUGCACUGGCUGCCAUAAAGUCAAUUACUGCUCAACGUUUUGUCAGCGGAAGGAUUGGAAAGACCACCAGCAUAUAUGUGGCCAGGCAGCCACAGUUACUGUUCAGGCAGAAGAAGUGGAUGUUGCAGACAAUGUGAUAGAGAAAGUUAUUGUCUGAAGAACCCCACCUCUUCCAUCUAGAUGGACAUGUGUAGGGAACAGACUGGCUGGACCAGUAACCCCGCUGUGAAGUCCUACUGAACUGAACUCAUCAGAAGAUCAAACCGUGAUGUUGUUUACAUGUUGCUGUUCUCUAACUGUGCCCAAACUGACAAGACACGGACAAGAGAACAUUUAGGGGCUCUGCGUGUUUUAAAGAAAACUCUGGAACUUACAUUAUGUUUACAGUCCUCUGUGUGAAACCGCUGCAAAACUGAUGGACAGUUUGAAUUGUUGUAUCCUACAGCUCUGGUGGGUUCUUUGAAGUGACUUAAAAGGUUCUUUAAAGUGGUUUAUGAGACCUGUUUUCUUUUGAGGUUCCUCCAAAGUGGUCCACAUGAAACUUGAAUUGUUGCCAUUGUUGUUCUCUCCCUACCUCUCAUGUAACAAAACGAAUAUGGAACAGCCCAUCCCUUCAGUGGGUUUUGUGUGCUGACAUUAGGGUAUACCUGGACUUUGACUUUAUCACUGAUUUUAGUUUUGGUUGUUGCAUUCUUCCAUCCCACCCCCUGCAAGACAAAGUUCUCCGACAUAUUCAGAAUUCUGUAUUGUGCGGAUACUGAGCAAACUGCAAAGCAGUCAGAAAACUUCCUGUAGCAUUCACUCUGAGUGCAAAUGCAAAUCUGUGGUGUCUGAACGGCUAUAAACAAUUGAUUUGAA